CCCAUGGAGCUGCUGGCUGCAGCCUUCAGCGCCGCCUGCGCCGUGGACCACGACAGCUCCACCUCAGAGAGCGACACGCGCGACUCGGCGGCGGGACACCUGCCCGGCAGCGAGUCAUCUUCCACCCCUGGAAAUGGGACCACGCCCGAGGAGUGCCCGGCCCUCACCGACAGCCCCACUACGCUCACCGAGGCCCUGCAGAUGAUCCAUCCCAUUCCCGCCGACUCCUGGAGAAACCUUAUUGAACAAAUAGGGCUCCUGUACCAAGAGUAUAGAGACAAAUCGACUCUCCAAGAAAUUGAAACCCGGAGGCAACAGGAUGCAGAAAUACAAAGCAACUCAGAUGGAUCCCAGGCUGGGGAAGACACCCCAGAGGAGGAAGAGGAAGAGGAAGAGGAGGAACUGGCCAGUCCACCUGAGAGGAGGGCUCUGCCUCAGAUCUGCCUGCUCAGCAACCCCCACUCCAGGUUCAACCUCUGGCAAGACCUUCCUGAGAUCCAAAGCAGCGGUGUGCUGGACAUCCUUCAGCCUGAGGAGGUCAAGCUGCAGGAGGCCAUGUUUGAGCUGGUCACCUCCGAAGCCUCCUACUAUAAGAGCCUGAACCUGCUGGUGUCACACUUCAUGGAGAAUGAGCGGCUGAAGAAGAUCCUGCAUCCAUCCGAGGCCCACAUCCUCUUUUCCAAUGUCCUGGAUGUCAUGGCUGUCAGUGAGCGGUUUUUGCUGGAGCUGGAACACCGCAUGGAGGAGAAUAUCGUUAUCUCGGAUGUGUGCGACAUCGUGUACCGCUACGCAGCCGACCACUUCUCAGUCUAUAUCACAUAUGUCAGUAACCAGACCUACCAGGAGAGGACAUACAAGCAGCUCCUACAGGAGAAGGCGACUUUUCGGGAGCUGAUCGCACAGCUGGAGCUGGACCCCAAAUGCAAGGGCCUGCCCUUCUCCUCCUUCCUCAUCUUGCCCUUCCAGAGGAUCACAAGACUCAAGCUGCUGGUCCAGAACAUUCUGAAGAGAGUAGAAGAGAGGUCUGAGCGCGAAGGCACCGCUUUGGAUGCCCACAAGGAGCUAGAAAUGGUGGUGAAGGCAUGUAACGAGGGUGUCCGGAAGAUGAGCCGCACAGAACAGAUGAUUAGCAUUCAGAAGAAGAUGGAGUUCAAGAUCAAGGUGAGUCUGCAGGAUCUGGCCAUCCCGGAGCCAGACUCAGAAUGUAGCUGGCGUGGGGGUCCGAGUCCACACCACAGGGCGGAGUUUGUUGGCUCUGCAGUUGGGGCACUGUCUGUCCGCUUCCUAUGCAGGAGUGAGAUGAAGCGCUGGAUGACUUCACUGGCCCCCAACAGGAGGACCAAGUUCGUGUCCUUCACAUCCCGGCUGCUGGACUGUCCCCAGGUCCAGUGUGUGCACCCGUAUGUGGCCCAGCAGCCUGAUGAGCUGACGCUGGAGCUGGCGGACAUCCUGAACAUCCUGGAGAAGACAGAAGAUGGGUGGAUCUUUGGUGAGCGCCUGCAUGACCAGGAGAGAGGCUGGUUCCCAAGUUCCAUGACAGAGGAGAUCUUGAACCCCAAGAUCCGCUCCCAGAACCUCAAGGAAUGUUUCCGGGUACAUAAGAUGGAGGACCCUCAGCGCAGUCAGAACAAGGACCGCAGGAAGUUGGGCAGCCGGAAUCGGCAAUGAACCCAAGCUCAGGCACCAGUCUGAAGGAGGGGUGUGG